AUGGCUGGGACAGAAAUAAGAAACCAAACCAGCGUGCAGGAGUUCAUCCUCCUGGGCUUUACUGGCACUUGGUAUUUUCAGAUGUUCCUUAUUGUGGUGUUUUCAGUUAUGUACUUCCUAACCGUCAUAGGGAAUAUGUCCAUCAUAGCCCUAGUGAGGACCCACCCAUGCCUGCACACUCCCAUGUAUUUCUUCCUCUGCAAUCUCUCCUUCCUGGAGGUCUGGUAUACCACAGCAUGUGUCCCCAAGGCCAUUGGCAUCAUGCUGGGCACAAGCCAAACCAUUUCAUUCACUGUCUGCGUCCUGCAAUUGUUUUUUCUCCUCUCCAUGGGCUCCACAGAAUGUUUCCUCCUGGCCGUCAUGGCCUAUGACCGCUAUCUGGCCAUAUGCCACCCAUUGCACUACAGCUCCCUCAUGAACAGAACUUUCUCUGUUCAUCUGGCCCUCCUCUCUUGGCUGUGUGGGUUCCUGGCUAUCUCUGUGCUGGCAACUCUAAUAUCCAGAUUGUCCUUCUGUGGCCCUAAAGUCAUCAAUCAUUUCCUUUGUGACAUUGAUGCUUUGACAGCACUCUCCUGCACAGACACACGCUUCAUUGAGCUUGCAACGUUCAUUGUUUCAAUCAUUGUUGUUGUGAUCUCAUGUGUGAUAACCCUAGUCUCCUACAUUCACAUCAUCUCCACCAUCUUGAGAAUCCCAUCAUCUCAAGGCCGGCAAAAGGCCUUUUCCACUUGCUCUGCCCACCUCACCGUUGUGGCUAUCUGGUAUGGUUCCAUCAUUUUUCUGUAUGUCAAGCCUUCUGCACAGAACUCAUUGGAUUUGAACAAAACAAUCAACAUCUUUAACACUGUUGUAACCCCGCUAUUAAACCCUUUCAUUUAUACUCUAAGAAACAAAGAGGUGAAGGAAGCAAUGGGAAAGGCAUUAAGAAGGAUGCUAAGUGGUUUUGAAACACCAUGGAUUUAG